ACUCUGAAACAGAAUGCAUCCAAAUUCGAGUGGACCAACUUUAAAUGCACUUCCGUGGAUCCAAGUUUUAGCACAAUUGAAUAUUGCUACAUAAAGCCGAUAAAUCGAACAUACAAAUAUGUGUCUUUCAAAGCUAAACUAUUAAAAACUCCAGUGACUAAAAUAAACUUUGCGUUGUAUAAACGGCUGAAUGGAUACGUGCCGUUUCUUUACAACAUGACAGUGGAUUCAUGUCGUUUCCUAAACAAUACGAAAUCUCAACCGAUUGCUAAGUACUUUUAUGGACUUAUUAUGUCCAACUCCAAUAUGAAUCAUACAUGUCCCUACGAUCAUGAUCUCAUUAUCGACAAGUUAUCCACUGGCUUCAUAAGUAACCAAGUGACGGACGUUUUACCUUUUCCCGAAGGUCGAUACUUUCUUCAAACCCACUGGUAUGCUUACGACAUUCUUCGGGCAAAGAUUGGUUUUUAUGGAACAGUUUCUUAA